AUGGGAAACUGCUUUACUCGUCAUAGAAAUUCCACCAAAAAAGAAAUAGGUACUCCUGCAGUUACUACAACAGAUAGACAGUUAUCAACUCCCGUGCAGCCACCGAGUCAAGUUGCGACACACGAUGCUGUGCCGGAAGUUAGAAACGGUCCUAUGCCACCUGUUCCCGAGCCUGAUGGAACUAAUAAUUCUAACGCGAAAAUGUUUGUGGCACUCUAUGAUUAUGAUGCCCGUACAGAUGAAGACUUGAGUUUUAGGAAAGGAGAAUUAUUGGAAAUACUAAAUGAUACUCAGGGAGACUGGUGGUUGGCAAGAAGCAGUUCGAGUGAUUCAGAAAAAAAGCUUCUUUUGCCGGAAAACGAACAUGGAGCAUUCCUCAUUCGAGAUUCUGAAAGUAGACGAAAUGAUUAUUCUCUUUCAGUGAGAGAUGGCGACACAGUUAAACAUUAUCGUAUAGACAUUAGACGAAGGUGGAUUUUUUGCUCGAAGAACAACUUUCGAACUCUACAAGAACUUGUUGAGCAUACAAUAGAGAAACCCGUGACGGGAGGAUUAUCUCAUAGCACAAGAGACCAAUGGGAAAUUGAUAGGAAAUCACUUAAAUUUGUGAGAAAAUUAGGACACGGUCAAUUCGGUGAUGUUUGGGAAGGAUUGUGGAACAACACGACUCCCGUUGCCAUCAAAACAUUAAAACCAGGGACAAUGGAUCCAAAAGAUUUUCUCGCUGAAGCUCAAAUAAUGAAAAAACUUCGACACCAAAAACUUAUACAACUUUAUGCUGUUUGUACAAUGGAAGAACCUAUUUACAUAAUCACGGAAUUGAUGAAAAAUGGAAGCUUACUGGAAUAUUUACAAGGAAAAGGUCGACAAUUAAAAUUGGCUCAAUUAGUAGAUAUGGCCGCUCAAAUCGCUUCCGGUAUGGCAUUUUUGGAAUCGCAAAAUUAUAUACAUCGCGACUUAGCCGCGAGAAACGUUCUCGUCGGAGAUGGAAAUAUAGUAAAAAUUGCAGAUUUCGGUCUUGCAAGACUGAUAAAAGAAGAUGAAUACGAAGCUAGAGUCGGUGCAAGAUUUCCGAUAAAAUGGACGGCUCCGGAAGCUGCCAACUACAGCAAAUUUUCAAUCAAGUCCGACGUAUGGUCCUUUGGCAUUUUGCUAACGGAACUCGUAACGUACGGACGAAUACCAUAUCCAGGUAUGACAAAUGCCGAAGUACUUCAUCAAGUCGAACACGGUUACCGAAUGCCGAGUCCUCCGGGUUGUCCAAAUGCUCUUUAUGACAUUAUGUUGGAAUGUUGGCACAAAGAUCCAAUGAAAAGGCCAACAUUUGAAACUCUUCAAUGGAAAUUGGAAGACUUUUUUACAAUGGAAAGUUCCGAGUAUAAAGAAGCAUCCGCUUACUGA